UAUGACUGCCUUCGGCUUCCGUACGUCGAAGAACAGCAACGGAGUGCGCGAGCUGAUCUGCGCAGCUCGGGUGACGUCUCUGUGCCGUCCCCAUGAUGGCUGCUGCAAUGGCGGAGCAAGAAGGCUCCAAAGGCAGCGCCCGGAACCGAGGCGGGGUACAGCGUGUAGAGGGGAAGCUGCGGGCCAGCGUGGAGAAGGGAGACUACUACGAGGCCCACCAGAUGUACCGCACGUUAUUCUUCAGGUAUAUGUCUCAGAAUAAACACGCAGAAGCAAGAGAAUUAAUGUACUCCGGGGCUCUGCUCUUCUUCAGCCAUGGGCAGCAAAAUAGCGCGGCGGAUCUGUCCAUGCUCGUUCUGGAGUCGCUAGAAAAAUCAGAAGCUAAAGUAACAGAUGAAUUGUUAGAAAAUCUGGCCAAAUUGUUCAGUUUGAUGCAUCAGAACUCCCCUGAACGAGUGGCGUUUGUUUCCCGAGCUCUUAAGUGGUCGACUGGAGGAUCGGGAAAAUUGGGUCACCCAAAGCUGCAUCAGUUACUGGCUCUAACACUAUGGAAAGAGCAAAACUACUAUGAAUCCCGUUACCACUUCCUGCACUCUUCCGACGGGGAAGGCUGCGCCAAUAUGUUAGUAGAAUAUUCAUCCACUCGAGGCUAUCGGAGCGAGGUGGACAUGUUUGUGGCCCAAGCUGUCUUGCAAUUUCUAUGUUUAAAAAAUAAAACAAGCGCUUCAGUGGUUUUCACGACGUACACGGAAAAGCAUCCGUCCAUAGAGAAGGGUCCUCCAUUUGUACAGCCCCUUUUAAACUUCAUUUGGUUUCUGCUGCUGGCUGUAGAGGGUGGGAAAUUAACCGUAUUUACAGUAUUGUGUGAACAGUAUCAGCCAUCAUUAAAACGAGAUCCUAUGUAUAAUGAGUAUUUGGACAGGAUAGGACAGAUUUUCUUUGGUGUACCUCCUAAACAGUCGUCUUCCUACGGGGGAUUAUUAGGUAACCUGUUAAAUAGCCUAAUGGGAGCCGGAGAUGAGGACGACGACGUGGAAGACGGGCAGGAUGACAGCAGUCCCAUCGAGCUAGAUUGAGCGAGAGCAAAUAAUCGAUCAGGAGCUGCAUGAAUCAGAACAAUAAAAACUGGAGCCCAAAAGACUUCAUUCCAUGAUCCGAGUCUCUGAAGAGUCAUUUGUCAGCAGCGGCAAUGAGUUGUCCUUAUUGUGACGAUGGAAGAAUUAAGUGUUUCCUCUAAAUAUAUUAUGUCACGGGGGUAGCUGCAAAGAAUAGUGAAUAGAGUGAAUGUCGGCAAACAUACCCAGCUCUGCUAUAUAUAUUUUUUAUUCUUUCUAUGAAUGCCAAGCAAGCACAUGGUUUUCUUACAGUGUGAUGACAGCCAAGCAGAUCAACCUAUCAUCAGAUUCCCUGCGUCCUCCUUCUUGUCACUCUCCUCCAUAGCUUAAUGUCACAGCCAAGUCCCAUGUUUUAAUAUGACAGCAAGCCUUCUACCCAAUAUCUUGAAGAUUUGGGACUAAACCCUCCCGCCAUUGUGUGAUUGUCUUGUUAGCGGUGCAGCCAACGCAGACACCUCUCUGACUUUAUUUAAUUACCACGGACUUUCUUUUAAUAUGCAAUAUUUAUUACGGACCCAGUGAUUUUGUACGUGUCCUCCCUUCAGUACAAUACCAGGAUGUCACAUUGACACUGAAACUGUCAUUUUAUUUAUGAACGCAGAGUAGUGCUGGGAUCAGCGGAACAGACAAAGGCAGUGCUGUGGAAUAAAUCAUGUAUCUUAUGA